AGCCACAUUUAUAGGCUGUAAAUCUAAAUCAGAUGACAAUGUGGUGAUCCGACCCACCUUGAUUAGAAAUUUCGAGUAAUUUUUUAUUAUACUGUAUUGUAUUUUUUUCUGUGAGAGCAAGACAUUGUGUAAAAUAGCCUAUCCUCUAUUAGGGACACUGAAACAUACCGUCUCGUGACAGCAAAAGAGCAGCUGUUUGUGAAAGUGCUGUACGCCACUGAUGGUUAUUGGCUUUAGAUGUUUUUCUCUGAGGUUUCGGUCAUCGAUCCUUGUAUUCCCGUGAGGGAGACUCGCUGUACCUCCUCAGGAAGCGCGCGGAAAACACACAGUCUCCACGCUCAGACCGGAGCGCGAGCGCAUCUCUCUCAUUCCUUCAGGCGGGAAGCGCGCGGUCCAGAAGAGACCUGCUGCAACAGUCGCUAAUAAAAUUAAUAUUUUUUGGAAGCACUCCGUCGAAUAAGUGAUGAAGUGUUCACUGUUUACCUCUCAUGCUUUAUGACAAAUGCCAUUGGAGUAAGUUCACCUCUGGAUAUUACUGGUCAUACUGUUGCUUUGGCGGAAUAUCAAGGAAUAAUGUGGAAAUAUUUCAGAUGCCAUGGUGGAUGACAUCCGACAAUGAACGCCGAUUUUUAGAAGCAAUUCCAAACUUAUCAAUCAAAGACAAAGCCAUUUGACUAUAACUGUGUGUUCCACCCUGAUGUCAAAGCCUUGUCCCUCCACCCGAGGUCCUAAACCUCCUGUGGCACCCAAACCAAGGCAAGCCUCUGAGGUGAGCCAGAGCAUUGUGGGCAAUGGGUACUUGACAUCCUCUGAUAGACUGGAGCUGAACCAGGAUAAUGAAUCAGAAGUCAUACAGGAUGAAACAGAUGCAUCCAGAGAAAACUGUACGGAUGAUGACGUGGACUUAUCUGACAAAGAGUUUACUGUAAAUUAUGAGAGUAACCGUGACACAAGUUGUUAUAAGGAAAUAGAGGAAGAAUUACAAAUGGCAGAGGAUAAAACAGUGGGAGAGGAUGACGGUAAAGUUCAUCAAGCCACUGAAAUAAUGCAUUCAGCCUCUUCAGAUCUAUUGGAAGUGGUUGAUGAAAGUCUUGAUUCAGCAGAUGAGGACCACAGCAAAAACAUUCAUGAUACCAAACCAGCUGAGAAUGGAGAAGAAGCUUAUAAUGUACUUGAAGACACCUGUGCAUUUUCUGAGCAUGAGACACUCAUUAAAGAUCAGCCUGCAGUUGAAUCUCAAAGUCUGUAUGAGGAGAUUGAUGGCCCAUCAUCAGACGGUUUUUAUUGUGCCAAUGAUCAAUAUGAAGAGGACAAUAGAACAGGUGCAAAAUGUGUUCAUGAGGCACAAGAAGAUGAGACUGUUGAUCUUAAUUCAAAAUCUACAAACUGCAGUCAACCCUCACUAUGUGAGGAAUACCCUUAUGAUGUCAUUGGAACACUGGAUGACAACAGUACUUGGCAGGCUGAACGUGCUACCAAAGACCCAUCUGGACGUUUCAGGUUUGCAGAGACAGAGGAUGCAUUUGAGCCCUACUCUGUCAUAGAGGUUGUGCCAAGUGAUUUGACGUGUACCUCUGAUCCAGAAGCAAGAUGCACUGAUGAUGAGUCCAGCAAUGAGAAACCAAUAGACUCUGAGAUUGCAACAGAGGGAACGUCAAACCAAGAGCCUUACUAUGUAUCAUCGGACGAUGUAGAACAGGAGAAAUUAGCAAACUGUGAUUCCCAACCUGCUUCUGAGGGUCAAGAGAUGGAAAAAAAUGAAGAAGUGGAUGACUAUGCUGACAUCAAAGACAAUGAUGGUGACGAUCAGCAGGUGGAGUGUGUGUCGUCUGAAGAUUACGUCGAGAUAGGAGAUGAAGAUGAGCCAGUAAACAUGGAGAGGAAAACCAAGUGCAAAAGUAUAAGAGAACGAUCGGCUAGAAGGGGACAAGCUGAUUUGAGUCAGAGGAACAGCUGCCAGCCACGUCUCAGACUUUGCAACAUUACUGUUCCUGCUGACUUGGAUGUCGGCAGAACUCCAGAACUUACAAACCGUGUGGUUUUUGCCCACACCACAGAAGCAUUUGAAGAGGACAUCGAAGAACUGGACUGCCAUAUUGUGCCUUUCUUUGAGAACUCAGACACAGAAAGUGAUGAACACAUUUACGAGGAGGCUGGCUUCGACUCGGAGGGCGAGAAUUUUAUCGCACUGGACAGGAAGUGCGUUGUGACAAGAUCUCGCUCGCUCUCUGGGAAAGUACCUGGAUAUGUUCCUGAGACUGUACCAGAGGAGACGGGCACUGAGUACCAGUCUCACGACUACUACACUGUGGCCUUGGACCAGAAUGGAGUUCCACAUCCCAAGCUUUCAGAUGAAACAGAGGCAAACUGUGUAAUUCCCUCAUUGAAGCCAAGGCGCUUUCUUCUUUCUCCUCGUUCGCUUUCUGUUGAGGGCAGAAAUUUGCCAUUUUCAGGGCACUUUGAGGGUGAGAAAUCUCCAAGAGAGGAAUGCAGAUUGCAAAAAAAAGAUGACACACUUUCUUUGCCCUGUGUGAUUACUUCCUCUGGAAGCUUUUCUCAAAGAAGUCACCAGUCCUCCAGUGGUGUGUCAACACCUACAUCUCUAGUUGAUAUCCCACCACCCUUUGAGUUAGCUUACAUAACUAAGAGGCCUGUAACCAAAAGCUCUCCAUCACUUCUAAUCCAACACGAAUCUCCUGACAACCCCCAAAAGAAGAAGUCUUCAUUUAAACGUUUCUUGGCUUUAAAAUUUAAGAAAAAAUCAGAAAGCAAAGCAUGUGGAGAUGGCAGUGUCCGCUCCUCCAGGUCAUCAUCUGAAUCUAGCCACCAUGGGCCGAUUCGAGUGCUGGAGCUUGAUCGAAGGAGUACAAGUGGCUCCCCGCAGCUUCAGUCUCAUGUGGGAAAGCCACAACGUAAUUCAGAAAUACCUACCACUUUUCUGCUUUACAAAGAGAGGCAAAGAAGGCAAGGUGCACCCAAGAGUUAUAGCAACAGGGGUAUAGCCAGAGUGGAGUCUUUUGAGGACCGCUUUCGGCCCCCCUUCAUGCCCCUACCCCUCACUAAACCACGCUCCAUCUCCUUCCCAAGUGCAGAUACUUCUGAUUAUGAAAAUAUUCCUGCAAUAAACUCAGACUAUGAGAAUAUACAGAUUCCACAUGGACGACCCACUCGGGCAGUCACUAUUACAGAGUUUUUCGAUGACCACAAUCGGACAUCAGCACCUGCCAAUGAGAACGAUGGCUAUGUGGACAUGAAUAGCUUUGCAGGAAUAGAAAACAAGCCCACCACUCAAGAGCCAGACCCUGAAAGUGCCUACACUGAGCCAUUCCCUGUUUGUUCUGUGUCUGCCACUGUGUCCAAUGAAGAAGACCAUGGACACACAUCUGAGGAAGAGGACGGUUCUGGAGACCACUGUCAUGACCAACAGAUUGAUGGCCGAUCCAGAGCUUACUAUGUUGCCAAAGACCUGGUGGACUCAGAAAGAGAACACGUGAAGGCUUUGAGGAUUCUUCAGGAGGAUUUCAGAGCAGCAGUGGAGGCAGCAGGAGAUGAUGAGGAACCACUGUUAGAAAACGGGAAGCUGGACGAGAUCCUGAGCACUCUUCCUCAGGCCUACCACCUGCACAAUGAGAUCCUCAGUGAGCUGGAGACCCGCAUUAAACAGUGGGAGGACAGUCCAAGUGUGGUUGAUGUCAUAUUAACGCGCCAGGCUGAGUUGUCAUCCUUCGCAACCUACAUCUCAGAAUAUGACCGAAGCAUGUCACUGUUGGAGGAGAGCUGUAGACAGAGUAAAGCUUUCGAAGAUGUGGUGAAACAGUUUGAGACACAGAAUGCAGAAGGAGUUCAUGUUCCUCUGAAACACCAGCUGCUGCGGGUCAUUGUGCGUGUUCUUCAGUACCGCAUGAUCCUCACAGACUACUUAAACAACCUCUCUCCGGAUUCAAAAGAGUAUGAAGACACACAAGCUGCACUAGUAAUCGUGUCAGAGGUCGCAGACCAGGUUAAUGACAAUCUAAAACACGGGGAGAACCUGCUUCGUUUGGUCCACAUUGACUACAGCGUGAGAGGAAAAAGAGACCUUCUUCAACCAGGAAGGGUUUUUGUCAAGGAGGGCACUCUGAUGAAGGUCUCUCGGAAAAGCAGGCAGCCCAGACACCUCUUCCUGAUGAAUGACGUGAUGCUGUACACCUACCCUCAGCAGGAUGGUAAAUACAGGCUGAAAAACACACUGACUCUAAGUAGAAUGAAGGUCAGUAAACCUGUCAUAGACAAUGUGCUCCACACGCUCAGGAUAGAAGUCAGCGAUGUUACAAUCACUCUCUCAGCGAGUUCUUUAGGUGAAAGAGAGGACUGGUUCCACACGCUGAGCCGGGCUAUAGCGGAUCAUGCCGCAGGCCUCAAUACCUUCAGCUGCUCUAGUGAGGUGUGA